AUGGACACGGACCCUCCUCUUUUCCUCCUCACUCUUCCCUCCCCCUUAUUACCCGCCCUCUCUCUCCCCCCUCGUCCCUUCUCCCUCCUUCUCUUUCCCUUCUCUCCAUUGACUCCCCCUCUUUUCACUCCCCCCCUUUUCUUUACCCCCUUUUUCUCGUCCCCCCCUCCGCGUUGCCCUCAGGAGAGAUGGCGGAUGGGCGAGGUGGCAGAUGGGCUCACAGAGUUCCAGCUGUGGGAGCUGCAGGAAGCAACCGAGAACUUUCACUUCUCGCGCCUCAUAGGGCGGGGCGGGUUUGGCCACGUGUACCGAGGAACCCUCUCUGACGGCUACGAGGUGGCAGUGAAGAUGCUGCAUGCAACACCAGGGGGCGGCCAGGGAGAGGCAGAGUAUCGAAUAGAGAUAGAGGUGAUCGGCCACGUGCACCACCGCAACUUGGUGCAGCUCGUGGGAUUCUGCUGUGAGGGGGACUCGCGCCUGCUGGCCUACGAGUUCGUUUCGGGCGGCAGCCUGUCGUCGCGGCUGAGAGACAAGAACAAUCCGAUGAGGUGGGAGCACAGGCUGCGCGUGGCAAUAGGAUCGGCCAAGGGCCUGGCGUACCUGCACGAGCAGUGUGAGCCGCGCAUCAUCCACCGCGACGUGAAGCCCGCCAACAUCCUGCUGGACGCUACCGGGGAGGCCAAGAUCGCUGAUUUCGGGCUGGCCAAGGUCAUGCCUCAAGGCGUCAACGACAUGACCACGAGGGUGCUGGGCACGUGGGGCUACGUCGCUCCAGAGUACGUGGGCAGUGAGCGCGUGGGAGUGGCAGCAGACGUGUUCAGCUUCGGAGUGGUGCUGCUGGAGCUGCUGUCAGGCCAGUCGCCCCACAACACAGAGGACCUGCUUGAGCGGGCCGAGGCAUGCCUCUCAGAGGGAGCUCUAGAUUCGUUCGCCGACCCAGCACUGCUGGCCUCUGGAUUCGACGAGCAGCAGUUCCUGCGGGUGCUGCGCAUCGCCCUGCUCUGCCUCGAAUACAACCCCGACCAGCGGCCCCCCAUGGCCUCCGUCGUCCGCUUCCUCACCUCCCCGCACGCGCCUCUCCCCGAUGAAGACAGCCCGUUAGAGCCCAUCCUGGAGGGCUUGGGGGAUGGCCCCGGCGGUGACGGUGGUGGUGGUGGUGGUUAUUCGGAGAGCUCUGAUACCAGUGGGGGGUUGGAGGAUGGGUGUAUGGUGGUGGAGGGUGGGGGUGAGGGUGGGGUUUGGUUGAAUGGCGGAGGUGGUGAAGGGAAGGAGAAGGGUGAUGGGAAGGAUGAAGGUGGGUUGGGGGAUGGUGGUGGAGCGGCGAUGGGGGAUGGUGUGGAGGUGGUGGUUGAUGAGGUUGAUGAUGGGCAUGGGGGCGAAGUGCAUGGGUCGCAAGCGGAAGGGCAGGGGACACUGGCGCUCAACAUGGUGCCGUAUCAUCAGCCGUUUGAUAUAUCACGUAUAGACUUGUGA